AUGAUGACAAGGAUCGAGGUUCAGAGCGCACUUCUAGUGGCAUCUGGAUUCGACUCGCCGCAUGACUGGCAUGACCGAGGCAGCCAAAUGUGGCUGCUGUGUGAGAGAGAGAGAGACCGGCUCAACCGAAAAUUGCAAACGGACCUUCGAAAAGCUUCCAUUCACCAUCUAAGCGAAAGGCUGUUGUCCCUGCCUAACUUUCCAGCGAAUUCUUUGGAUCGAGAGAUCUUUCUGACACUGAGACCGAGCUCCGAUCUCCCGAUUGGUCGAGGGAACCUAACAUUUCAGUAUAUCGCGCUUCCACGUCUUCAGUUGUUUCGCGUGCAGCAGAGCAACGAGUGUUGGUCUCCAAAGCCGAUUUCUUCUUGGAUAUGUUGUACGACUGCGCUCACCGCUUACUGA